CAUGAAGCCAACUAUGAAGUAUGAACUCACUAGCCGUCCCGACCACCAACCCCCAAAGCCCGCUGUAUUUGCUUUUCCCUUUCCACCCCUUUCGCGAAGAUAGACGUGGAGUGAAACGGUGCGUCCAAGUCGUCGUCUACUGAACCAUACACUACACGUUAAAACUACCCCCAACGGCCCAAUUCAGAAAAUACAGACAAACGAUAGACGGCCCAGAUCACUGUUCAAAUUGCCGGUGGGAAAAGAAAAUGGCGGAAAGUGCUGCUUCGGCGACGCCACCGACGGGAGGAGGAGGAAGAGGCGGACUGGACAAUGACAAGUCCAGCAGCAUCAGCGUGUCGGCGAUGCAGUUCUCGUACGACUCCAACCAGACGCCUCUUUUCUUCGAGUUCAAUCUCGACAUUGCUCCCGGAUCUCGCUGUUUACUCACCGGCGCCAAUGGAUCAGGGAAGUCGACUUUACUGCGGAUUCUGGCGGGGAAGCAUAUGGUAGGAGGGAAAGACGUCGUGAGAGUGCUGAACAGCUCGGCUUUUCAUGACACUCAGCUCGUUUGCAGCGGCGAUUUGGCCUAUUUGGGAGGUUCCUGGAGUAAAAAUGCGGGAUCGGCGGGAGAAAUACCACUGCAGGGAGAUUUCUCUGCGGAGCAUAUGAUAUUUGGAGUUGAGGGUGUUGAUCCAGACAGGAGAGAAAAGCUGAUUGAGCUUCUUGAUAUUGAUCUCCGAUGGCGUAUGCACAAGGUAUCUGAUGGGCAGCGGCGCCGGGUUCAGAUUUGUAUGGGGCUUCUAUACCCGUAUAAGGUUUUGUUAUUGGAUGAGGUGACAGUUGAUUUGGAUGUGGUUGCUCGGAUGGAUUUGCUGGAGUUUUUUAGGGAGGAAACUGAGCAGAGAGGAGCUACAUUAAUAUAUGCAACUCACAUCUUCGACGGUUUAGAGGCAUGGGCGACACACCUUGCUUACAUUCAAGAAGGCGAGCUUAAGAGGUACGCUAAGCUAGUGGAGAUGAAUGAGCUCAGUACAUCUGUGAACCUGCUCACAGUAGUUGAGAACUGGCUACGUUCCGAGACUAAGCAGGAGAAGAGGAAGAAGAAGGAAGUCAUAAAACCCUCUACUGCCCAAACCCAGAAGGCUUCCUCCCCUUCUCCUUUCAUGUCAUCUAGUAGACACAUGGCCUACUAUCGCUGAUUUUGAUGCCAGGGUUAAGAAUUUGAAGGGGAAGUGUUGGACCGCUGUAAAAAGGGAUCGUAUAUCUAUUCUUUUGGCCAAUUAUAGGCUCCCACUGCAUAAGCCUGAGAUAUGUAAUGCAAUGGAAGGAUUCCUCUUUUUAAUUUUUCCUUUUUUUUUCCCUUCUUAUUACAAUUUACAAGAAGACACUGUGAGAUGGGGGAUAGGAAGUUGAACCAACGAUCUACAGUUGUUCGAGCUUCUGAUUAGUUGUGAAAUUUCAAAUGUGUUUUUCAAUAAAAUGACUUACAAGUUACAAUACCAACUGCAUGAUGUGAAUUGUGAAGUGUUUCGACGGUUACAUAAAGCUCAAAGGAGUUGAAUAGCAAAUGGAGACAGCAAAAAGCUCGACCGAUGAUUAUGUUACCUAGAAACAACAAUAAAGUACUUAGAUUAAC